CUAGGGGGCUGUAGACUCUAGGGUAGUGUAAUGUCUGUUGUAUGCUUAUUUAUAAUCAUAAAUAAAUAGUUUGAUUUAUAUUUUUUUGAGUGUGGAAAUCUAUUAGUCUUUUAUCAAUUCCAUUUUAUUCAUGAAAUCUCCAUAUCUCAAUUUAUAUUGUACAGUGGUUUUUGUUAAGUGAUUGUGAGUUGUCAGAUUCCAGCUUUCAAGUAGUACUGCAAUCAUAGUUAACCUUCGAAAUCGGGGCCUAGCCCAGUUUUUAGAAAUUAAAUUGGGCUACAUCAAAAAACUGUACUACUUAAAUCUUAUUUGCCUUUGGGGUCUUCGCUCAGUGAUAAGUGAGUUGCCUUAAAUUGCUCAGCAGAUAUUAGAAUUGGCUUCACAAUGCUCAGAAACUUGUCCAGUGAAACUUGAAAAGUCUCUAUUUAUGUUGAAAUUGAUGGUAUACAGAUGACGAGUCCGUCUGUAGCAGUAUGUGAGGGGAGCUCUGCGAGGGUGGUGUCAAUGCCCGCGGUCCAUGGGCGACCGGCGCAAGCACCCGCAGGUCCGCGCACGCGCCUCACCACUCAUCAGCGCAAUCUCAGCCUUGACUUCAGAUCGAUGGGAAUUGUACUUCCGCCAAUGAGCGACGUGGGAGUGAGUGGCGGUGGCGCUACGGCCACCCUGCACCAGCGCAACCGCAGCCUGGACUCGGCACUGCAGCGCAUCCCCGAGGUCGACAUCACGCCCAGUCCUGAGUGCGAGCCCACUCCCCCGCCCCUCCCCCUACCACCACCCAACCCCAGCCAACUCGGCUCCGAUGAUUCGGGCAUCAACUGUGGGUCGGACCACACUGCAUCUACUCAUCAAAGUGAUGAGAGCCUCGAUUCUGAUCAACAGACGAUUCCCGAAGCAUCGGAGGCUGCUCUUACUUGUUCUCAAAGUGAAACAUCAAAAGGCUUCCUUCUUCGUCUCUUUGAGUCCAAACUAUUUGAUAUGUCCAUGGCUAUUACAUAUCUGUUCAAUUCAAAAGAACCUGGAGUGCAGAGCUAUAUCGGGAAUAAAUUGUUCAGCUUCUCGGACUCAGAAGUAGACUUCUAUCUUCCACAGCUGGUCAACAUGUACAUUCAGAUGCAUGAUGUUGCUGAAGUAAUUCAUCCUUACUUAGUAAAUAGAUGUAGACAGUCAGCAGAUUUCUCUCUGAAAUGCUCUUGGCUUUUGGAUGCAUACAGCUCUGAUGCAGCAUUGCCUUCAAAGAAGAAAUCACACGGCACCAAAUUGAAAAACUUGAUAUUGUCCGAAGAACUGAGGCCAAAGGAAAAUGAGACUAUUAGAAGAACGUUGGGUAAACUGAAAGAACUGAACGGCCCUCCUGUUGGUGGAAACUUGCCAGUUCCAGUUCCACUAUCACCUACUAAAAAAACUCAUCAACGUUCAAGAUCAGAUGCGUCUGUGAUAAAGGGGCAUAAAAACAGAAAAGGAUCAGACAGUCCAAGGUGCUACUUGGGAGAUGUGAACUCAGGCCGUGCCUUCGACAGUGGCUGCACCUGCUUUGACUCAUGUCAGGGCGUGGUUAACGAUCUCAUGGGAAAACAAAUCGAUUGCACUUGUGGUGCACCCAGACUGGCUCCAGAGUUGGAGUUGAUCAGAUGUCUGAUUUCGAUCGGGAAAGUGCUGGGCGCGCUGGACACCAAGGAGGCGAAGACGACUCGCCUCAUCAGCGAGCUGGGCGCCCUCAACCUCAACCUGCCGGCCCGCGUCUGGCUCCCCCUCCACACCAGCCUGCCCCACCACGUCGUCCGCAUCCCCCCGCAGGCCGCUGCUGUUCUCAACUCCAAAGACAAGGCUCCUUACAUAAUUUACGUAGAAGUAGUGGAUGUUGAUGACAUGGAAACGUCGCCUGUGGUGUCGCGGGCUGUGAACUCACUGAGGCACACGCGCAGUGAAGAGAAUCUGAUGGUGCACACUGAGGUCGAUGAACUGCCACCAGUUGUCAUGCCCGACUCCUGGUCUCAGGAGGAUGAUGACAUUUCGCAGCAGUACCUGCGGUUACACAAGCCUGUUGAUAGGGACACAAUCUCUCAGCUAUCACAAGAAUCGUCGGACUCGAGAGAGCCUCCGAUGUUCGCUGCAGGAGACAUAAGAAAGCGACUAUCUGAAUCAUUCCACGAUCCUCGGCCAUUCACACAUGACCCUGAAGACCCAUCUGCUGCAGCAUUAAAGGAACCUUGGGAAGAGAAGGAGAGGAGAAUACGGGAAAGCUCUCCGUAUGGCCACUUGGCAAGUUGGCGGCUCAUGUCUGUGAUAGUGAAAUGUGGCGAUGAUUUGCGCCAGGAACUGUUGGCCUCUCAGCUGCUCACCAUGUUCCAACGAAUAUGGCAACAGGAAAGAGUGCCCCUCUGGCUCCAGCCUUACAGAAUCCUGGUUCUAUCUUGUGACUCCGGACUUAUUGAGCCUAUAGUGAAUACAGUCUCUCUCCAUCAGAUCAAGAAACAUUGUCAAUUGUCAUUAGGUGAAUAUUUCAACAAGGAAUACGGCCCCACCAACUCUGAGGAUUACCUCACAGCCCAGAAGAACUUCGUCGAGUCAUGUGCUGCCUAUUGUCUCAUUUCUUAUCUGGUGCAAGUCAAAGACAGGCAUAAUGGAAACAUUCUCCUCGAUAACGAAGGUCAUCUAAUCCACAUAGAUUUCGGAUUCAUCCUUUCUACUUCACCUAGGAAUCUAGGUUUUGAAACUUCGCCCUUCAAGCUCACACCAGAAUUCGUUGAGAUUAUGGGCGGUCCAGGCUCUGAUAUGUUCGAAUAUUUUAAAAUACUAAUAUUGCAAGGUUUGGUGGCUGCUAGGAAACAUAUGGACCGCAUAUUGAGUCUGGUGGAAAUUAUGCGUUCAGGCUCGCAGCUGCCCUGCUUCAAGUCAGGUGCAGCCACAGUGCAGGCGCUCAACAAUCGCUUCCACCUGAAUAUGACUGAGGAGCAGCUGCAGCUGCUGGUCGAGUAUCUAGUCGAAACAAGCAUACAUUCGCUCAGCACCAAACUCUAUGACGGCUUCCAGUAUCUUACCAACGGUAUUCUCUAACUGAAAUAGGUUUUAUUUUCACUUGGCAAAACUCACACCUUUUGACUUCGCAUGAAGAGGUAAGAUUUCGUUGAAUAAAAUUCUGAAUAGAAAUACUAUAGAAAUGAUAUAUCACUAUUAUAUAUUAUAAUUUAAGAUGUAUAUGGAUUUAUUUAUAUAUCAUAAAUUUUAUUUAUUGUUGAUGUAACUUGUUGAGAAGUUUUCUUGUAAUCGGCGGAGAUGAAAAUCUUUAUAUGAAUCAUAGUGCAUUCCUUCCAUUGGUAAACUCUUAAUACUGUCAUAGUGGAAUUAUUAUUAUUAUUAUUACUUUUGUAGGUAGCAAAUUAAAUUAAUUGUUUCCCCAAACAUGGGUUGAUGGUUAUUAUAUUUUUUUAAAUUCAUCAUCUUUAAUUCAUUAGCAGACCUGAUUUUUUGCUGAAUUGCAGAAGUGCCUUUUCAAGUUGAAUUUUCAUAUUGUAUAAUUAUUUCUAGAAUAAUUGAACUUUAUAACGCUAUUGUUGAAUUUUUCCAAAAUAAAUUAUGUGUAAUUUUGCAUUGAGUUCUUCCUAAAAAAGUGUGAAUAAAUUAUGAAUACAGUAUGAUCAUAGACAGAGUUGGUAACAAUAUUAUGGAAACGGCUCAAUAUUUUGUUACAAAAUAGAUUUGACAAUAAGUUCUAUCGGAGAUUCAAUUUUUAUCAGAAAUGCUACUUUUCUAUGGAUUAAAAAUUUUGUUCCGUAAUACAACUUAAAUUGGAAGGUGGUCAUGUGAUACAUUAUUUCGAUACAGAAUCCAAGAGAAAAUGAAUGGCGAAAACCACACAUCGAUAUCUCAAACCGUUUCAAAUAUAUUCACAUUUAAGAACACUACUAAUAAAUCAUACAAUAAUAAUAAUUUAAUUGAGUACCUGAAAACCUAAAAAAAUCUCAACUAAUGAAACAUAUUAUCAUAUUAAUUUUAUAUUGUCAAAUUAUUAUUUUAACAGAAUAAUAUUAAGCUGAUUCCAUUAUUUGCACCAACCUUGAUUCACAUGACAGUUGUAUGAUUUAUGCUAGAUAAAAUGUGACAUGCCCAAAUAUCAAUCAAGUCUCUGGUAUUAUUAUUCUACUCAUUAUAUUUCCGUGAAUCUUAUUCAAUAAAUAUAUUUUCAAGAACGUGAAUAUAUUAUUAAAUUAAAUCAACUCUGUUGUGUCUGUUCAAAGGAAGUUCUGAGGUUAAAGGAGUGAAUGAAGUUUCUAACUAUGGCUUACAAGCCUGUUAUUCUAUAUUAUUUAUAUAACUGUAUUUAUAUUAUCUUAUACAUUUCAUGUGUCCAACAUUUGUAUGGUUGAUUGUUUUGUGUUGAGUGUGAAUUAUCGAAUAUAGUCUUAAUCUAUCAUCAAGUAGCCUAGUAAUAUUAUUUUAUACUUGAUUCUUAUUAUUUAUUACGAAGGUACUACAAUCGUCUAAUAACAUCACAUAAUAAUAAUGAAAUGAAUUGAAAUCCACCUGGUGGUGUUAAUCGUAAUCAUUUAAUUUCUGAGACAAAGUAGAGGCCUAGAUGAAACUCAAAAUAUAUUUUUGUGUAUAGUUUUCAUUUAAAACAUUAUUUCUUAGGCAAUUGAAAAUAAUUGUCUUAUAUAUUUAGUAUUUUAAACAAUGUAGUUAAUCAAUUAAAAAAUACAAUUACAAUAAUUGAAGCUUGUUUUUUACAUUUUCAAGAUAUUAAAAGAAAAUAAAAUUAUUUUCAUUCACCUUGAUUUCCUAAUAAUUGGCUUGGAACUAGUUCCUAUAUUAAGGUAAUUGAACUGAUUUUGAUUUCGACGUAAUUUAUUAUGUUGAAUUUAAGAUUUUUUGUUCUAUUAUGUUAUUACUUUCAUUUUGUUAUUUUUAUUUGCUUUUUUGUAGGUUACAUGAUUAAAUUCCAACGUCAGAUUUCGAUAAAUUAAUGCCACUAAUAAUAACUAUUAGAAUGAAAUCAGACAGAGCCUGCCAUUAGAUGAUGGCAAAUCAAACAGACAUGUCAUUCGUGUCAUGUAUAAAUCUAAUUCAAAAAUUAUUUGAAAUUCGAAUCUCUAAAUUCAGUAUUUUAGGUUAUUUUCUUAUUUGAAAUUUUAUGAACGAUAUUCUUUUUUUUUAAUUUGUAUAAAAUUAUUUUAUUUUAUGUGAGCAAUGUAUUUAAAAAUUUUAAAUGAUGUAAUAUUUUCUUACCAUCCAAAGAGAAGUGUUUAAUUCGUGUAAAUUGUUUCCAUAAAUCAAAUUUGUAAAUAUUUGUGAUAUUUCUUAUUGAAGUAUUUCAAAUAAAAAUUAUGAUAUAUCUUUUAUUAGUAGCUGCAUCUGUGCGAUUGGCAAAUUAUUGGUUAGAUAAUUAUACAGUUAUAAUGCAUUCAGGAUUUUAGUAAUUAGAGCACUACAUGUUUGAUAAAAUCAUGAUUACAAAACUCUCUCCGUAAAACAUUAAGGCAGGCUCAAAUUAAUGUUUCCUUUGUAAUAUUGGAACGCCAAUAAAUUUACUUUGAAAACCACUUUUAUUUCAAUUUAGUGUACUAAUUAUAACUAUAUACAGUUGUAAUUCAUCUUUUCUAACAUAUCUUUUGUUAUUAUCUAUAUCUUAUGCACUCCAUUGAAAUAAUUCAUGAUUAUAGUAUCCUUAAGAGUUUAUAAUCAAGAGUAAUUCACCCAUUUUUUCAAAAGAAUUAAGAAACCUGCAGUAAAUUUAUUAUUUAAUAACAAGUUGAGUUAUUAUCUUUUAGUACUAUUAUUUUAUUCGAAAUGUUUAUUCAUCUAGUUGGUAUAUUUCUUAUAAGUCAUAUAAAUAUUAAUUUAUUAAGAAAUUCUUGUAAUGAAUCAUUUUUCCAUUGUCCAUAGAUUUUAUCUAUCUAUCUUUCUCAUUUGUCCAAUUUAAAACAAGCGUUUUGUACUUAAUUUAAAUUUCUAUGUAAAGUUGUUUGAGAUUGAAGAAAUCUAAAACAAUUUGACGUUAUACGUUCAAUUUAUCAUCAACCUUUCUAUAACAUUAUUAUUAUUAUCAUCAUCAUCAUCUUAGCACUCUGUAUAGAUCACAGAUCUGAUGUUUCCUUAUAACUAAUCUUGACUAACUUCUCAUAAAUUCAAUCAGCAAUAUUGUACAAUAUGCUUAAUUUGCUCCGCUUCUUUGUAUAUUAACCGUCAACUUUGUAUUGCUACACUGAAUUCCAAACAAUUUUCAUCUUGGCUUUGAUGUUUUACAUUAUAUAAUGCAGAUUGCUCCUUUUAGUUGCCCAUAUCUUUACCAUUCUUAUCAACAACACAGGAAAGAAAACUGAUUUUUAUCUUCCAAGUUUAUAAAACGAAUUUCAACCAGACUGUCAAUGUGUACAUUUCUCUUUGUAUAUACAUUUUUGUAAAUACAUUAUAUAAAUGAAACUUAAGCCUUUGAUAUUUUGCUCAGUGUAUAUUUCAAUUAUUUAUAGAUAUAAUAAUUAAUCUAAUAUGAAGCAGAAUUGUUUAAUCUUAUUCUGCUAUAUUUUGGUUUGAAUAUCAUAGUUAGCGCUAUUUAAUUCAUAUUUAUGUGAAUAUUGCUUGUUGAGAACUAUUAUUUUUUACAUAAUAUAUUUAUAUAAAAAAUAAUGUUUUGUGAAAUAAUAUAAAUUUUAUGUCGUUGGAAAUAUAAAGCCUCUCUAAUCAGGAUUACAUUUUUUUGUAAAGUAUUUUUAUUUAUUUCAACAAGUAGCAGAUCCUUGAUAAUCCGAGCCAGUCGGGGACCAGGCAUGUCCGACGUUAUUUAUUUAUAAAAGGUUCAAUACAGACUUUAUACAACUAUACUGUGCAUUAGGAUGUUGCUACACUAUUAAUUUCUUUGAGAAAAAACAAGUCACGAACAUCCAUUAUCUACUUCAUACUAUGAAAUACAACAGUACUGUAUUAAUAUUUCUUACAAAACCCUUCUAAAGACUAGCUACUUCUUUUUCAUGUACACCAUUACAAUUAAAAUUAAAUAUUUUAGACAUUAAAAUAUUGAAUAGCAUUAUAACUACUUCAGUUCCUUUGAAUGUCCAUGACAUUGUUUUAGUUUUCAAUCAAUUGUUAGAUCUCAUAUAAUAACAUUUGCAUUCUUGCGAAAGCGAAAGAUAACUCAUUUAAUUACCUAUAAAUUUGAAUCUCUAAUCACCAUAUUUCUGCAAGAUAUAUGUAAGAUAGAAGCUCAUAGAUUCAUUAAGAAGCAUAGUUCACAUUAUAUUGGUUAUUUCCUACCCGACAGUGCCGGAUUAAGGGUUCUUCUGUACUUGUUAACGUACAAGUGAGUAGUAUGAAAACUAUAGCUGAAUCCUGUCAUUCAAUUUAAACACGUAACUAUGACAGUCUAUCGUAAAACUACGAAAUAGUUUCGGUUAAAUGGAAUUACGGAAAUUCAAUAAUCCUCUAAUUAUUCGAAUUUCAACUAAAAUACAUUUGCUUCUGAAAUAUAAAGUUUAAAACAACUAGUAAUACUUAUAUGCUUAUUAUUGUUGUUUAUAAUGCAUUCUGUUCAAUUUUUGGUAUUUCAAUCUUCAAUUAAAAUUGUAAACACCCAAACUUAUUCCUGCCAAAAUCGUAGAAAAUAUUUUUUGUCAGUUUCAAUUGGAAAAAAAUAUUCAUGCUAUUAGAUCAAUUUGAAAAAUGCUUAAUGAAAAUGUGUUGGCAAAUUUAAAAAUUUUAUCAAAGUGUUUUUGAACUCAAAUAAUCAUUGUCUAGAUUUCAAAUUUAUCAAAUUCGUACGUACGACUAAAGUAACCAUUAGAUAUUAAUGGUGGUUCCAGUCCAUCACUACAGUAGAUUUUUGUUGUAUAUACUCAUCAAUUGAUAGAUGCUUUUUAUAUUAAUAAAAACAUGCAUUUUUAAGACUGAUGAUUAUGGGCCAUGUUGUAACAUAUUUACUGUAAUAAUAGUUCUUAUGCAUGUUUUUCUUUCAUUUUAUAAAUAUUGAUAUAAAACUUAUCGCUAUUCAAUAUUUUCUCUCAAAGUUACUAUUAUAUAGCUACAUCCGAUUUUAAACCAAUAAAAGUGUUUUACAUGAA